GCUUCCUGUGUUGUUAUGAAUGUAGCUCAAGCUUCGCUUGUUGUUUUAUGCUCUUUCAUGUUAUUUCGCUGUUUCCCGCAAAUUUAUCGCCAAUUUCCGCGAUUUUAUUCGCCAGCCAUUACCAUGAGGUACCUCAAUCAGUCAGAGGCCCAGAAUAUUGACCAGGAGUUGUUUAACGAGUAUGCAUUCAGCGUGGAUCAGUUGAUGGAGUUGGCUGGAUUGAGUGUAGCAGUGGCGAUAUCUAAAGCUUACCCCAGGACAGGCGAUGGGGAAAGACUAUUGGUGUGUAGUGGGCCGGGGAAUAACGGAGGAGACGGCUUGGUUGCGGCUAGACACCUGAAGAUGUUUGGGUACCAGCCAGAGAUAUACUACCCCAAGAGGCCUAACAGAACACUUAUGAAUAAUUUGGUCACUCAAUGUGAGAAGAUGGAGAUAAGCUUCCUUACCGAUCUGCCGUCAGCCCAAGAGAUGAACUUCAAGUACAGACUUGUGGUUGAUGCUAUUUUUGGGUUCAGUUUUAAAGGGGAAGUUAGAGCUCCAUUUGACAAUGUGCUGAAGACACUGAAGAAUGUGAAGAUCCCACUGUGUGCAGUGGAUGUGCCGUCAGGCUGGGAUGUAGAGAAAGGGAACCCUGAAGGUAUUCAGCCAGAAUUUCUAAUCUCCCUCACAGCUCCCAAGCUUUGUGCAAAUCACUUUAAGGGGCGUUUCCACUACCUAGGUGGGCGAUUCGUGCCAGACCUGCUUCUUAAAAAGUACGAACUGGAACUCCCAGACUUCCCUGGUACAGACCCAUGUGUAUUGCUAGAGUAAAUUCACAGUGAAACAAAACACCAGUCAUUGCAAGUUGUCACAAGUCAACAUAUCAUCGCUGUUGCAUGUUUUGUUUUUUUGGACAGCUUGAAGUUUGUUUGGCUACCAGCUUGUGUCCACUUGCAUUUACUUGUGUUGGAUUUGAACAUGUUCAGAUUUUGAGUGCAAGUUUGCCAACUUGCGUUCACUUGCAUCUCAUUUGGCCUCCCAAUGCAAGUGAUUGCAAUACUUCGCAAGUAAAUAAAAAGUUUUUCAUCUUGAAUUUUCUCAAAUUUGGUGAUAUCAUAAAGUAAGGUCUCUCGAACUAUUUAUUUCUAUAUCAAGUAUUUUUGGGACAAUACAUUUUACUUUAUAUAAAUUUUUGGCUAGAUUUUGUUUUCCAUCUUGCUUGCUUGCACUGGCGUUGCUGUUGUCCGCAAUCUUAAAAAGUCAACUUGCAGCAAAACUUAUGUUUCGUUUCGCCACUUAAUCACAAGGUAGCCAAGUCCACUAAAGUCAAAAACUUGUGACAACUUGUGCUGGCUUGCAUUUUGUUUGCCAGGGCUUUUAAAAAGCCACAAUUUAUAUGAUGAAAGGUCAUCACAGAAUAAUAUUUUGCUCUAAGUGCUUAGUGACAAUGCAAAACAAGUGGCAUUUAAAAUGUAUUCUCAAAGAGACAAUGGUGCUGGAUUGUAUUCUUAUAUGUAAAAAAUAAAAGUAGACCCCUACUUA